AUGCAGCAGCGGGCAUCCGCCGGGGCGCACCCCAACAUCUGCGUGGAGUGCGGCAAGAGCUUUGCGCAGAACGUGGUGCUGCUGCCCCACCGGCUCAGCCAUGGUGGGGAGAAGCCCUUUGCCUGCCUCGACUGUAGCAAGAGCUUCGGCCUCCGCGCCAACCCGCUGCGGCACCCGCGCAUCCACACCGGGGAGAAGCCCUACCAGUGCCCCCACUGCAGGAAGGGCUUCUGCGAGAGGUCAGCCCUCAUCACCCACCUGCGCACCCACACCGGGGAGACCCCCUACCAGUGCCCCCACUGCAAGAAGAGCUUCAAGCAGAGCUCCUGCCUCAUCACCCACCAGCGCAUCCACACCGGGGAGAAGCCCUACAAGUGCGGCGACUGUGGCAAGAGCUUCAGGCACAGCUCGGACCUUGUCGUCCACCAGCGCAUCCACAGCGGGGAGACCCCCUACCAGUGCCCUCACUGUGAGAAGAGCUUCAAGCAGAGCUCGUCCCUCAUCAACCACCAGAGCUCCUGCCUCAUCACCCACCAGCGCACCCACACUGGAGAGACCCCCUACAAGUGCGCUGGCUGUGGCAAGAGCUUCAAGCAGAGCUCUGCCCUGAUCCGCCACCAGCGCAUCCACAGCGGGGAGACCCCCUACAAGUGCCCCCACUGUGAGAAGAGCUUCAAGCAGAGCUCGUCCCUCAUCACCCACCUGCGCACCCACACUGGGGAGAAGCCCUACAAGUGCAGCGACUGUGGCAAGAGCUUCUGUGAGAGCUCAGCCCUCAUCAGGCACCAGCGGAUCCACCUGGGAUAGGCGCCUGCUGCUGCUCCUGCUCUGGGCAUCCAGCCCCGCUGCUUUCGGGGGGCUGAGCCGGACGGAGCUGAAAGUGG